AUGAUUAGGACUAUUAUCUUUACAUCACUGACUUUUGUCAGUGUUUUUGGUGUCAUUGACAUCUGCGAAUACUACAGACAUAUUGGAAAACUUCACGAACAUCCAGAGUGUGCUCGUCAGUUCUCGACUCCGGCUCCAACGACUGCUGCUCCAAGAAUUGGAUUCUGUUCCAGCUCCGCCGCUCUCAUCCAGUGCACAGCCGAUGCUCAGACGUGCCCACUUUCCGGCCAAGUAUGCAUUCAAUCUGAUGGAAACAAGUGCUGCCAAAUUGUGACAGCUGGAAUCCCGGCGUCGGAGAUCAACUCAAAAUCGGGAUCUUGCCCGCGUCCACUUGGCAUUUCUGUCCUCCAAGAUACCACAAUCGGAUGUUGGAUGGACUCAAACUGUCCAGGAAUUCAGAAAUGUUGUGUCGAACCAAAUCCAGUGACCAACUCUGCCACCAGAAUCUGCCGUGAUCCAGUCGGAAUUGCCAGUACUUCAAUCUGCUCUCUUCCACUUGCUGUUGGAUCAUGCACUGCUCCAGCUGUCAGAUUCUACUAUGAUGCUUCAUCUGGACGUUGCAACCAAUUUAUGUUCAGUGGAUGUGGUGGAAAUGCGAACAACUUCCAAUCUCUUGCUUCCUGCCAAGCCACCUGCGGACAGAGUGGUGUUACUGGAACACCAGCUUGUCCAAAUGAUGCCAAUGCUGGACUCAACUGCUUGUUCGCCCAUGCUGAUGCCUGCAACAGUGAUAGCGAUUGUUUGGGACGUGAAAAUACGGCUCAACCAUCCUGUUGUAUGACCAGCUGCGGAUACAAAAUCUGCUACCAAUACUAA